AUUGAUGAUGUGUCUUGUGACGCCGUACUCGUAGCGGUAGUAGGUACGUAUGGAAACCCUGGAAACUUGGUGAUGUAUUUGCUAAUAUAGACAUUACGACUAGUAGUAUAUUUGCCUUGACCAAAAAUGAUAUGUCUUUUGCAGUUAUGCGUGGUGAGUAUUGUGUAUUUAAUUUGUCGAGGAAUAUUGGAAUGCAGCAUGAAUGCCUUAGGCCGUACACGUACACAUUAUUCAACGAAUCGGGGUUCUCCUCCAUUACGUUACUCAUUUGUGGGGUUGGAAGGAAAAUCCUCAGGACUCCAUGGCGCUAAACCUAACAAGGAAAUCUGUUACUUAAUUGAAAUGCGCUCAAUGGCAGACCCAAGAAGUUCAAUACGGUCAUCGUCAUCCCUUCCAGGCGAAGCAAUGUUUUUACUCUCCCUUCUAGCGGUUGACUCUGUGUCUAUUCCGCGGAGAUACAGGACAGAAACGGUCAGCCUUGACAGUCUUUCUUGGGCAAUUAAGGCCAAUCCUCGGCGACUAAAUCCUGAAAAGUACCCCAUGGUCCCAAACCUCCAGUGGCGCUUCGAUGAACCUUUUGCAUGUAGAGUCAUCGGGUUAAGUCUCCAUUCCCUCCCUAACGGUCCAGGCUGGUGAGUGUCCACUUCUCAUUUGCUAUUCAACUGUCAUCGGGUAACCGGAGUCAGACAUUGAGUAGUCAAAAGUCCUCACCUCCCUGUCCUUUGACCGGUACUUUUCGGCUAAGCCUAGGCCCCUUCUCUCUCUCCAUUUUUGUUGUUGUCGUCAGAAAAUUCUCCUGUAUUUCUUCUUCUGUUACUC